CCUUGCAGGACUUACAACGUCUAUUGACUCUGCAACAACUACAAUCUUCAUACAUUCUGCAAGGCACGAAAAGUCUAUAUAAGGACCUCAAUCAUCGUCCCAAAUCACAUCUUCAUCAACACAACAAAACAACACAACACAACAACACAACAAAGCAAACAAACAACAUAACAACACAACAACCUCCAAACAACACCAUUCAAACAAUCUCUUCCAACAAACUCUUCUACUUCACUAUCAAAAUGCAGUUCCUCAUCGUCGCCGCUUCUUUCCUCGCUGUUGCCACUGCCAUCCCGGCUUCCAACGGCAUCUCUGCCACCAACAUCCAGAGCGCUGCUGACAUCAACAACAUCGCCUCUGCCUGGGCCAAGGCCAAGGAAGAUGAUGGAUGCAGCUGGCUCGCCUGCAUCAGCUCCGUCGUUGGACAGAGCGCCACUUGCGCCGCUGCCGCUGCCGAGCUCGCUCUCAACCCCAUUGCCGAUGCUGCCUGUGUCGCUGGACUUGGCACCAUGACUGUUGCUUGCAAGCCUUGCGUCUAAGCUACUGCUGGUCAGUGCUUUGGCAAUGCAAACAAAGGCUAAGAGAAAGGAUUGGGAGGGGGGAGGUAUGAUAGAACGAUGGGAAAACAAUUAUAUCAAUUUGCAUUUUAUUUCCUUUGUUGCUUAGACCAUUUGUUUUUCGAUUUGUCUAUUUUUCUAUACAUCUGCAUGUUUGUUUGUUUGUUUGUUUGCUCGCU